AUGUGAAAAUUUGAAGUCCCUUUUUGUUUUUGCUCGAUUUUAAAGGAAUUUCCAUCGCAGUCACGAGCGAGCUGUCCUCGAAAGUGCAGCCUUCAAACAUGGCCAUGAUCUUCUCAUUCAUUCACACCACGUGUUGAAAACUGCGAGCACAAACGCUCUCAGAUCAACAGAUUUCACUAACCUUUGGGUCAUCGUAGAAGGAUGGAAGCUACAGUGUUGGACCAGGGUCGGAAAACCUCUAAGAAAUGCCAGAUCGAAGGAUGCCACGAGAUUACAGUCGGAUCACGAACUGCAUUAUGUCGCAAGCACCGAAACAAUAAAUACAAGCAAAAUUACAACAAAAAAAGGAAACGCAAAGCUCUGGGUCCAGAAGUAAGUAUGGCCUACCGAUCUCUUAGCGUAUCAAUGGUGAAGUGUGCUAUUCUUGUGGGGAAUUUUAAUUUCGAUAAUAAAGCUUAUUUCUUCGUUAAGUUAGAAGGCGUCACUCUGUACAGAAGUCACAUGUCUUUGUCAAGCACAUUUCAAUUUUGCCAUAGCCAUUGUUUUAUAUCCUGUAAGCAUUUUAUCCCUUUAUUUCAAAGGCAGCAUUCAAUAGGUUUAACUUCUUAAUCUUACUGUGGAUUGAUUAAUCCCUCCCCUUCGUUUUUUUUGACCUGGGACUGUGGACUAAAAAUUUAGAAAUGAAGAAAUAAUAUCCGCAUUGCUAAUGUUGGCGAGUUUGCAUUACGUAUUUAAAUUCCAAUUGCAUUUCAAUCACUUUUAUUUUAAUAUUUGUCUGGCAUGUGUACCGUUUGAUUUUCACCAGUUAAGUUAAGAAAGAACUUGAACAGUAAAACGGACUGAUGCAUUAGAUUCUUUAUACGGUGAUCAUCGCUAACGAUAGCAUAUGUUUUUCUUUCGCUUUGUAAAUGCCAUUAAAAUAAUUACCAUAAAUGAGAUUACUUCGUUGUCAAUUGAGAAUUAUGAAAAUGUCUUUUUUCCACAUCUGUCAUGAUCAAUUUGAUGCGUUGAAAAAAAGGGGAAAAUAAUUAAUCCUCUCGUGGUAGUACAAAUAUAUUGCUUUCAAUCCUGGCUAUUAAAAAGGAAAGUGUUUUUAGUGGUGAAUUUUGUUUACCUGCGUGUAACUAUUGCAUGUUACAAAAACAUGCUCUUUUUAUUGGGUGAAAGUACUAAUUAAAAUUGCAAGGCUAUUGGUACAUGUACCCCAAAGCAAGUAGUUACCCACUUGGCAAAAUAUGCACACACAUGUCCCAGCGGCCAGUUUGUAUUUCCACUCUUGUUUUCAAAGUCUUCUUCAAUGGUGACUUCUCUAAAACUGCAAAGCCACUGAAUUGCACCCCUCCCAACUGCCUGAAAAACCUCUCCACAUUGGCCAGUUAAACGUAAGCAGUGGACAAACUGAUGUGCUCACCAUACAGACUGUGUACCUUACUUAUUUUGUUUUGUCAACAUUUUUGUUCUGGACCUUUGGUUUUUUAACCAUUGACCAAAAGUUUCUGGAAAAUCCAGUUUGAAAGUAUAUAGAAAAUAUCUUUUUGGGUAUAUAAACAGAACAGCUGAAAAGGUAGUCUGUAUUCCUGGUCGGAACGUUCCAAUGGAGAUUUGUCACUUAUUCCUUUCAAACCAAUCAUUGAUACCAGUUUCAGCCUUACUGGUAGGUCUGCUUUUCUGUAAAUGUCACGUAAUUUUGUUGACAUUUGCCCAAACUGUGGAUCAAAAGCUUUGCCAGUAUAUGGUUAAUGGUAAACAACCUUGAUGUCUCUUGUAUUGAAAUAUUUUGGUUGUAGUAUGUCAUUAUUAAACCCUUUAAGUCCCAAAAAUGAUCAACAUCAAUUUUCUCCUGACUUAAUCAAUACUUGUCAAGAGAAAAGGCUAUGAUACAUGUAAUGAAUUUAAUGAGCAUCAAUAGGUUAAAUUGCCGCCAGCCACUUAAUCUUUCUUUUUGGUUAAAUCAUUGUUUAGGAAAUCCCAGGUGAAUCUGUUGAAAGUCAGUUAGCAGAGGAAAAGUGCUUGAUGGAACAGAAGUAUGCCAGUAUGCUGCAACAAGUGUUGGCCCAGAAACAACUGGUAAGAAAUUGUAGGAAAUCCUCAUGGGAUCCCCAACCUUCUUGCUUCCAGACAUGGCUUAUUAAGUCAAAACUGGACAAAAAUUCCAAAUUCCAUUUUGUAAAAUGCUGAAAAAAAAAUAGUGCUAUGUGAAAGUGCUGCCAAUUAGGAGGUCUCAAUUGAAUGGUUACAUCCCAGUUUGUGGUACACAGACUAUAAAUUAGAGCCAACGUACCCUACAGCCACCGUGAUUGAACAUAUUCCAUUACGGAAUAAUCACAUUGAUUUUUGAAUCAAUGGUCAAUUAAUAAUGAUGGACAAAACACUUCUCCCUACCAUAUCAAUUUUCUUAUGUCACAGUCUCAAAAUAUUUGUAAGAAUAAGUCCACUGAGAAAAUUUUAAUCCUGUUUAUUAUAAAUAACAGUGUAGAAACAGAUAAUAUGUCUUGCAAUACUCCAUGCAUUUGAGUGUUGUGUUUUUAACUGGUCUGAAAUGUUAGAAUAGUUGACUGUUUUUGUGUUGAAAGGAAUUGUUGCAAUCUGAAAAAGUGAUCCAGGUGCUACGAGACCACCAGCAGAAAGUGAAACAGGACAAAAUCAAAGAAAUUCAGGAAAGGAAAAUUAAGAAAGAACAGGAGCCAAAAGAGACUGCAGGCACUCAAGGUAAUCAUGCUGGCAGUAACCUUUCAUGGUUGCUCAUAGUGUUUGAACCUCUGGGGAGGAGUAAGAGGUUUAAGCUCUUGAGUUCUUAAUCUUUUCUUGAGUGGGAGUGGGGAGUGGAAAAUGGCACAAGAAGGGUGUGGCAAGUGUCUAAAUAGUAGCAACCAAGAAAAACUGACAAAAGUGAAGUUCACAUACAAUGGUAACAUGUAUACAGAGCUGGGUGGAUAACUUUAGGAAUGGAAUUAAGUGGGAGUGGCCCAAAUGUUUUUGUAACCCCACUUGAGUAACCAAAAUAAUACCUUCAAAUAUUUCGACCAAUCAUUUUUACGGUCAGUUUUAACCUGAGAGAGAGCACAAAAAGGUACAGUAACCCGGUUGAUACGCGGACACCAGGGACAUGCCAUAGUGAGAAAUUAUCCUUGAUGCAUGAGGUCAAUGUCUUAAUUCCACAGGUGUGAGACUUACAGAUAAUGUGUGAGAUUUGGCAGGAAUAUUAGCCCCCCGCAAAUAAAAAUUAUGAUCUAACUUGAAAAAGCAAAUAAAUUGCAGCAGGGGAGAGUGGAAGAUUCUACUUACUGUUAAAUUUUAAUACACUCUUACUGUCUUCAACAAUGAGUUGUUCCUCUCUUUCCCCAUACAUGUUAUACAUAUAAGUCACAUAAGAAUUAGCCAAACGCAUCAUUUGUCUUUACAUCGUGUAGUGAUUGCUCCAUUGAGCUUUCUCAUUUAAAAAUUAAUAGACCUUCUAAUAAGAGUGUGUAUGUUUUGUUAUCCCAUUUCAGACCUUGUGAUGUUACCUUAAAAACCUCACAUUUCUUACAAAUGUCAUUUGCUUGUUUGCAUAUAUUUAUGAAAAACAAAGGCAAAUUCCCUUGAGGACAGCACGUGGUCUGAAUUGGCAAAAUAAAGCUCAGUAGCCUUUAGUCUAUCAUUAUUUUGAUGUACUUGAUCAUUUUUCAACUUCAUAACAGAAAAGUUGGCAGUGUUCUUUAAUCUUAAUAUCAUUGGAUUCUCCUUUUCAGAUUCUGCUGUUGUACCGAAGACAGCAUCAGAGGCUUCUGUUGCAACAAAAGACAGAACAACAGAAAAACCAAAUCCCAAACCAGCAAAAAGUUCCAAAAAGUCAAACCAGAGUAAAAAGAGUCCUGGAAAAGCUGUUAUGCCAAAAGAAAUCAUCCAGAAAGCAAACAGUCUGAACUUUCCUGGAAGCAUACUAAGUAUCUCCAAAGCACCAAGUUCUUCUACUUUUGAUACAAAAGCACUGCACACGGGUGCUACUCUUUCACCUUUGGAUGCAAAUGCUGCUUCUUAUGUUGGACAAAAUCUGCAAGUCUGUCACAAUGGGUCACAACAGCUUACAUCUCUACAGCCUAAUACCAUGGCAAUCCAGCAAAUACCAAAGAUUGAUUCCAUUUUCAGUUAUCGCCCAAAUGCUUUAGGGAAUGCUAACACCUCAAGCAGUGUCACUAAAAUUUGCAUUGAUUCUGUGAAGGAUCUUUCACUAGGCCCUUCUGGAAGUGUCGUAACAUCAGUCAUGACUACACCUAAUCAAUGUCAACCUGCUCUGGGUGUUAAUAGCUCACAGGUAGCAAGCUCCAAGACAUUGCAAAGUAUUCAUACUAUUUUGCUGCAAAAUCCACCACCUUACGAAGCGGCUCAGAAGGGAAGAAUUCCUGGUGUGAACAUUACCCGACAAGGCAAUCCUGGACAAUUAAGGUUGGCAACACCUCAUACACUAGCACAAGUAACAAACGGAGGUAAUCUUGUUACUGCCAUAGGGAUGGCACAACAGCAUCAAAUGACAUUUCCUCCUGUGAACUUAAACCAGUCAGUGUCAUUGUCUAGUGACCAUAAUACCACUUCAUGGACAUACACCCAAGUUCCACAAACAAGCCAGGUAAUUGUGAAUGGCAGCAGGGGUAUUAUGCAGAAUGCCAGAUCAAGGCCACUGCAUGCUGAAUAACUCUGAAGUUUAGUGAUUAAGGUUAUAAGGAAACUGAUAUGUACUGGGCAGGCUGACCUGAAACUUCCUAACCCUAAUCACUAAACUUCAGAGUCAUUUGGCUUUCAGUGGCCGUUCGGUGAUCUGUAAAAUACCCCUGCUGCAGUGGAUAGUGCAGGAUUUAGUCUAAGUCUUACUAACAUUAGGAUGCUGGUGUGAAGGCCAGGGAGAGAAGCACGUACUCCCUAAAAUGUAAACAAUACCAAUUUGCCGAUACGAGGAGGCUCCACCCAAAAGGGGUACAUUUUCGAGUCUUCAGGAAAGUGUAGUGAUUUCACUAGUUGAAGUACAUGAAAAGGGUGAGAAAUCUGUCAUGUCAGCCUGAAAAUGGCCCAACAGGGCUAAGACAUGCAUUUUAUGGCUUUGAAAAAGUCAAGAAAACAUUCUGGUUUCAUGAUUUCUUUUAAGACAGUGCUUUUACAGCAGUUAAAAGGGAUGAAUAGCUCUAAACUAGGUAUACAAAGGGGUUCCAUUUGUCAAUAAAAGGUACUUGAAAUGGCUGCCUUUUCUGACAAAAAUGGUAUAUGAAAGGGCAAGGGGUUAAACCUCAGGGCAGAGCCUCUGCUGUAUAAAACUUUGUUGAGUACCCCCCCCCCCCCCCCCCCCCCCCCGAACUUUGUUGAGUACCCCCCCCCCCUCCCCAGUGUGGAGGAUGCUGCCUACUAAAAUUAAUGACAGGGGUGCUAAUUUAAAAAUUUAAAAGACAGCAUAGAGCUGCUAGAAUCAUGUUUGGUACAUGUGACUUAUAUUCUCACUACUAAGAAGUACCAGGAGACAAAGGCAAUGGAAUGAAUAAACGAUAAAAAUGGCAGGAAUAAAUGGUACUGUUUUUGAUUAAUUAUGAUUAGGAGGUUCAGCGUAAAAACAGUUGGAACAAUUGAUUCCUCACCCUGUGCAAUACGCAAUAAUUUGCACAUCUUUUUACUACUAAGACCAGUAGUCAUUUUAUUUUUUCUUUCAUAUUUAGAUUUGGUAAUCUCAGUGAGGUUCAACUAACAAAAGCCCUAAUAUGCACAAGAAAGCAAAACCGUCAGGGUAGUAGUAGUUGUGAAAUGACGUCAUGGUGCAAAGGCUUGUUAUAGUAAAAUCUGCCUUAUUUGUCUUAACAGAAUAUAACACAAAACUGGUCAAACCAAAUCAUGUCAGCAGGACGAAUGCAGACUGCAGCAACAAUACAGGAUGACUUUUUAUUUCAGAUUCUUCAGGUAAUUUUUCUUUCUUAAAAAUGAAAGGAAAAUAUAAACAUUUUGAAGACCGCGCAUUGACCCUUUAGGCGCCUGACAAUUCCGCUUAAACACAAAAAUGUCGUUGUUUUGUAGUUACAAUAAUUUAUACCUGUAUUAUAUGUGUUAGAGAAUGCAAUCUUUUCGUCUUUUUCUUUUUCUAGGGCAGAGUUUAAAAGGCCCUAUUGUGUGUUGCAUAUUUGGUAUUUUGAAUUCCAAAUUCAGAGAAAAAAAAUUAGGAUAAACACUCUGUUUCGUAGAUUUUAUAUUACUAAGUAUUCUAUUUCUCGGCACAGGAGAACAAAGAUCCGCAAGGUGUUCAGUCGCAAACAAACAGCACUCUGACAAGCGUGGAUCACGUGGUAUCUGACCAGCCAUGGACAAUAAGCAUCGGGAUGUGACAUUAGCAGGCUUGGUUACACAGUGUUUUGGACGUGUGAACGCCGUUUUGUACACCCGGCCCCGCUUUUUGAAACGUUUGAUAGCGCUAUCCACCGGAUAAAUAUUUAUACAGUGGCUAAAUAUUAGGGAAACCAAUUGCGUUAUCCACUGGACAGAGGUUUAUCCAGUGGAUAGCGUUAUCCAGGUUUCCAAAAACUGGGCCCAGAACCUUUAGGUUGAAAAGAAAUUUUCACUGUUUUAAAGAAAGACCCGCCUAUCUGACUUGGUGUGCUAAAUGUUCAUAACAACGCACGUUAAA